CAUUUUUUGCGUUAAUUUGAAUCUCUUUUGGCAAUUGGCUUGAUCUUCAUAUUCGUUGAAAAUCCAAUAACGAUUACAAAUCAAACAGCAACGAAUUUGUCAGGGAUACAUCUAAAAUCACCCCAACCUGGCUUGACAAUACGCAAAGUUCAAGAAUCACACCGCCACAAUGUCAAAAGUAAAAUUCACCAGUCAGACAGUGGAAUCAGGUGUUAAAACCCUUUACUUGGAUGAAGAGACGACUGAUGUGCAUUUCGUAUUCGAAUAUAAUGGUCAAUCCGAUCGUGUUCCAGCACACAAGACUCUCUUGAUUGCCGCCAGCAAAGUCUUCCGAGCGAUGUUCAAUGGGCAGUGGAAAGAGAAAGACGAAGUGCCGAUCCCUGAUGUGCUUGCCGCCGAUUUCAAAACGUUCUUACAAUAUUUCUACUUGAGCGAAGUUGAACUGUCAAUGGAGAGUGUGGAAAGUGUCAUGAGCCUCAGUCAUCAGUACGAUAUCGGUGCAUGUUUCAAUGACUGUGCAACACUCUUGGAACGCAGUUCCACUGCCGACAAUGUUUGUUGGACCUAUGGACGUGCGAUAUUCUACGAACACGAAGAACUGAAGACUGAAUGUGAGAUAUUCAUUAGUCUGAACACGGAAGACGUCCUCAAAUCAAGCGGUUUUCUCGAAUGCGACCGAGAGACAUUGAGUAUGAUUUUACGUCUCAACGCAAUGUCUUGUUCAGAAACUUGUGUGUUCAACGCAUGCAUGAAAUGGGUCAAGACAGCUGCCGAACAAGAUGAAAUAAGCAAAGAAUUGGUUCAAAAUUGUCUCGGCAAUCUGUUGUACGAUAUUCGCUUCGGAUCGAUGACAAUGCAAGAGUUCAACGCCAUUUACACAGCACAUGGAUAUUUAUUCACCGACAAAGAGCAACAGGGCAUCACAAAACUGAUCAAAUCGAAGAAAACGCAAUGGGAGUUGUUCAAAGGAACUCAUCGUGUGAACCCAUGGAAGAAAACGAGUGUGCUUGAAUGUGGUGAACGAUCAGGUUCAAAAUAUGGUGUUGGUAAAAUCGAAAUCAUAAAGUUCUCAACCACCAAAACUCUACUGCUGAAUGCAAUCGCUUGUUCUGAUGCGUACUACAGACGAGAUGAUUCACCUUCAUGGUCAGAAUACGACGACUAUUAUUAUGACUGUGUCACAAGCAAACUCACUGUCCUUGAAAUCGAUCCACUUGAUUGUGAUGAAGUUAAGCCUCGCGUACUUGUCAACAAAAACGUAGAGCAUCCAAUGUGUGAGGAACGUUAUUGCGAAGACGAUGACGAUGAAUAUGGCGACGACAACAGCGUAGUACGAUUCUCAAAGCCAAUCAUCAUCAAACGUGGUUUCAAGUACGAAAUUCGUUUGAAACCAGAUCAAGAGAUACGAGCUGAUGUAUAUACUGUUUCAUCCACUAAGGUGAAACUUAAUCCCGACAUCAUGCUGACGUUUGGCAGAGGAACCGUUUUGAAGAGCUGGCCCAAUGAAAAUCUGAUCUCGGCACUCAAAUUCGCAGCAGUUUAA